GCUCCCUUCUUCAACCACGUGACCACUACGUCACAGUAGUCCCUGUUGGUUAGCUGCUAGCGGUGAAGCUGGAGAGAGAAACAGUCGCUUCUUUUUAUAACUUAUUUACUUGAAUAAAACGAUAAACAUGGAGAUCGGCGCAGAGAUCAGCAAGAAGAUAAGAGCUGCUAUCAAAGGCAAGCUUCAAGAGCUCGGUGCAUAUAUUGAUGAAGAGCUUCCUGACUAUAUUAUGGUGAUGGUAGCAAACAAGAAAACCUCCCAACAGAUGGCUGACGAUCUCUCCCUUUUCCUCGGAAACAACACUAGUAAAUUCACAGAAUGGCUACAAGGAGUCCUCGAGAAGUUAAGAUCUGUUGCAGUCGAGCCUGCAUCGCUCAGUAGACAACAGCUCCAGUCUGACGGUGGUACCGUGGCUGGGAAGAGCCGGUCAUCCGUAAGCGAGGACAGCAGAGCGGAGGAGUUGAAGCUGCUGACGGUGUCCAGCUCACGCUCUGAUAGGACUGAAGCACGCGUGUCCAGUUCCGCUCAUGAAAGCAGGAGAGGCAGCCUGGAGAAGAGUUCCUCUCGACUCACCUCCACCGUUAAGCCCCUCAUGGAGCCGCUCCCCUUAGAGGCCGUUAUUGACAUCAAACCAGAGAUGGACGAUGACCUCAUGGCUGAGGAUCCUGUAGAAAUAGGCACCAACCACGGUCGAACACGCGGCGCAGCGAGUAGACCCACAGCUGAAAUCUACAGGCCGGGUCAGAGCAAGUUCUCAUCGAUGAGCUCUGCGGACACGUGUCGACCCUCAGAAGGAUCCUCUCACUCCCGGCAGCAGGACAGCAGCAGAAGCAGCAGAACCCCCAGAACCGGAUCCAGUAAGCAGGAUGAGUUGUCACGGAAGCGAAAGGCGCCGGUAGCGAGUUCGGUGGUGCGAGUGAACCGAGCGGCAGAUGAAGACAGCGAUGAUGUGGAGGAGGAGGAUGCGGGCUAUGGAGGCAGAGGCAUGUCCAGUAGAGUGUCCCUACCCUCCAAACCAGAACGCAAGCCCACUCUCCCUCCAGGCAAGCAAGCCAACAGGAAUCUAAUACUGAAGGCCAUCUCUGAGGCUCAGGACUCAAUCACCAAAACUACAGCCUACCCCACAAUACCUCAGAGGCAGACUGUUCCUGUGGCGCCUCGUACUCGCGUGGCCAGCAGCGAAGAGAUGACUGCAGCCAUCCAGCUGGUCCAGGAGCACCUCCACAGCCUGACCCCCAGGAAUCAGGCCUACACCUCCGCAGAGCUACCUCCCUCUAGACCUGCUCCAGCGAGAUCUUUAGCUUCACGCCUCCAGUUGGACUUAGCAGAGAGGAAUGACAGAGGAGAGCAGAGUGACUAUGGGGUUGAGGUCACUGCGGCUGCUGCAGGAGGCGAUGCAAAGCCAUUUGAUACCCGCUCCUUCAUAGUGAGUCGACCGCAGCUGGGAGAAUCUACAGCCAAAAGCCAGCAGCGUCCUCCGGUCAAAGGGGAAGUCCAGUCUGCUGUACCACGCACUGUCCAGGCCAGCAAGGAGAGGGGCGACUCUGCCAGCCCCAAGUUCAUCGUGACAUUAGACGGGGUGCCGAGCCCGCUGGGGAAUCUCGCAGACUGUGAGAUAGAGAUGGAUGACGUGAGACCGCCCGCAAAGGUCACCGAGGCGAUUGUCCACGGCAACAGGGAGCCCAAAGUCAGCGUCCAUCAAAGACUACAGGGAGUAGUCCCAUCAUCAGAAUGUGAAGAUGAUGCGAUGGAGAUAGAGGAAGAGGAUGCCGUCCCUUUAAAGAGACAGAAGGCGAUGGAGCGCUGCAAGUUCUGGCCGGUCUGUAAAAGUGGAGAUGAGUGCUUGUACCACCACCCUACAACACAGUGCAAGACUUUUCCCACUUGCAAGUUUGGGGAGAAAUGCCUUUUUGUGCAUCCUAAUUGUAAAUACGACGCCAGGUGCACCAAGCCAGACUGUCCCUUCACUCAUGUCAGCCGAAGAAGCACAGCUGCUCCUCCACCCAGGCCAGCAGUGCAGCCAGUGCAAACCACCGGUGAGUGCCGCUUCUUCCCAGAGUGCAAGAAGAUGGACUGUCCGUUUUAUCAUCCCAAGCCUUGUCGCUUUGCGGGGCAGUGUAAACGACCUGGAUGUACCUUCUACCACCCGACCACCUCUGUGCCUCCGAGACACGCCCUGAAGUGGACAAAAAUGCAGAGCAGCUAAUAAAAUCCAAGGAGUCUAACAGAAGUGUGAUGAUGGUUAAAAUGUGAAGCUAUGGAAGAUGUUACGUAUCUGCGUCUAUGGAUUUUUCAUUCUUCUUUUUCAUUCAUUAACUGUUGUUUUGUUUCAUUUUAAUGUAUUGUUUGGACUGAUUUUUAAGAGGAGUGUUUUGUAAGAUGAAAAGGUUUUUUGCUCAUGCUCUCAGAUUAUUAAAAUACUCCACAGUGAACUUUAAA